CGGGGACGCGAUUCUAUGUAUGCAUGUAUGUGUGUAGGUAAUUAUGUAUGUACGGCACGCAACGCACCCAACUACGGCAAGUAGGCACAGGGGACGCCGGCAGGCAGGCAGGCAUUCAGUGGUGGUGGUGGUAGUGGUGGUGGUGUGUCGUGUGUGUCAUGCGCUACUACCGGUAGCUAGUAGUCACGGCGGCGGCGGCAACAGCGGAAACGACUGGAAAGGCUGGCUGGAUGGCUGUGGCCGAGAUGUGGCCGAUAGUCGGACCUCCUGCAUCGAUUGCAUAAUCGACGGCCCCGCAGGCCGCAUCGUCACCGCGUCGCCCCAUCGCCGCCAAUCGUGUCUUCCGCAACGCCCCAACGCCCAACGCCCAGAUCAACGCCCAGCUCAACCCGCGAGCGAGGAGUGAGGAGUCCCCGGUUUUCGCAUUCGUUUUCUUUUGUUCGUGCAGCAGCAGCAGAAGCAGCACCAGAAAGAAGAAAAAGAAGAAGAAGAAAGAAGAAGAAACAGCACCAUCACACAAGGCGGAAGUGUACUAAUGUUGAA